GGCAGUGAUAAGCUGAGCUGCUGUAGCAAAUGACAGGAGUGCAGAGAAGUGCAAACGUAGUGAAAGGAGGCUGUGAUUCUCAGAACCAGGAUCUCUCUUGGACAUUUCAAAGGACUACACACAAGACUUGCUUUCUUCUCAAGGGACCUAAGAUACUGUGUUUUGACUUUUAAGCCAGCCCUAGUAUACGGAUGUGGACUUCGGGUAGAAUGAGCAAUGCAAAGAACUUGUUUGGACUUGGGGUCUCCUUGUACUUUUGGGCACUGAUGGACCUAACUACAACUGUGCUGUCAGGAAGUGCCAGGCCCCUCACAGAAGGGCCAGAAGACAACCUGUCAGACAAGUUGCAUCAGCGAAUGAAGAGGAGCUGGGUGUGGAACCAGUUCUUCGUUCUGGAGGAAUACACGGGAACGGAUCCUCUCUACGUUGGGAAGCUCCACUCCGACAUGGACAGAGGAGAUGGUUCCAUCAAAUACAUCCUCUCAGGAGAGGGAGCUGGCAUCGUGUUUACAAUUGAUGAUACCACGGGGGACAUUCAUGCUAUUCAGAGACUGGACAGAGAAGAAAGGUCACAGUAUACCCUGCGAGCACAGGCUCUGGACAGACGAACAGGCCGGCCGAUGGAACCGGAGUCUGAGUUCAUCAUCAAAAUCCAAGACAUCAAUGACAAUGAGCCCAAGUUCCUGGAUGGACCUUAUGUGGCCUCUGUUCCAGAAAUGUCACCUGUGGGCACCUCUGUAAUUCAGGUGACAGCAACAGAUGCUGAUGACCCAACCUAUGGGAACAGCGCAAGAGUUGUGUACAGCAUUCUCCAAGGACAGCCAUAUUUCUCUGUGGACUCUCGGACAGGCUUAAUUAGGACAGCUCUGAUGAACAUGGACAGAGAAGCAAAAGAGUAUUACGAAGUGAUUGUCCAGGCCAAGGAUAUGGGCGGACAGCUGGGAGGAUUAGCUGGAACCACCACAGUCAACAUCACGCUCUCUGAUGUCAAUGACAACCCACCCAGAUUUCCACAGAAGCACUACCAGAUGAGUGUGCUGGAGUCUGCUCCUGUCAGCUCCACCGUGGGCCGCGUGGUUGCUAAAGACCUGGACGAAGGCAUUAACGCAGAGAUGAAAUACAGCCUCGUGGAUGGAGAUGGGCUGGAUGUCUUUGAUAUUAAUACUGAUCCUAAUUACCAAGUUGGCAUCAUAACUGUGAGAAAGCCUUUAAGCUUUGAGAGCAAGAAAAGCUACACCUUGAAAGUCGAAGGUGCCAACUCCCACCUGGAGAUGCGCUUCCUGAACCUGGGUCCUUUCCGAGACACCACCACUGUCCACAUCAGCGUGGAGGAUGUGGAUGAGCCUCCUGUUUUCGAGCCCAGUUUUUACUUUGUGGAGGUGCCUGAGGAUGUGGAGAUUGGGGCCACCAUACAGAUCAUUUCUGCCAAGGACCCGGAUGUGACCAACAAUUCAAUCAGGUACUCGAUUGAUAGGAGCAGUGAUCCAGGGAGGUUCUUCUAUGUUGACAUCACUUCAGGAGCACUGAUGACUGCAAGACCUCUGGACCGGGAGGACGUUUCCUGGCACAACAUCACAGUGCUGGCUAUGGAGCUGAACAACCCCUCACAGGUGGGCAGUGUCUCCGUCACGGUGAAAGUCCUGGAUGUGAACGACAACGCGCCAGAGUUUGCCAGGUUCUACGAAGCUUUUGUUUGUGAAAAUGCCAAAGCAGGACAGCUGAUCCAGACAGUGAGCGCCAUUGACCGGGAUGACCCACAGGAGGGUCAGCACUUCUACUACAGCCUGGCUCCAGAGGCAGCCAACAACCCCAACUUUACUCUGAGGGACAAUCAAGACAACACGGCAUGGAUUUUGACGAGGCGCUCUGGCUUCAGACAGCACGAGCAGAACAUCUUUUACCUCCCGAUCCUGAUCAGUGACAACGGCCGCCCUGUGCUGAGCAGCACAGGCACGCUGACUGUGCACGUGUGCAGCUGUGACGAAGGCGGCAUGGUGAUGUCCUGCAAUGCUGAGGCCUACGUCCUCCCUGUCAGCCUGAGCAGAGGAGCACUCAUUGCAAUCCUCGCCUGCAUAUUUGUCCUGCUAGUGCUGGUGCUCCUCAUCCUCUCCAUGCGGCGCCAGCGGAAGCAGCCAUACAUCAUAGACGAGGAGGAGAACAUCCAUGAGAACAUCGUCAGGUACGACGAUGAAGGCGGUGGGGAGGAGGACACUGAGGCCUUCGAUAUCGCCGCCAUGUGGAACCCACGGGAGGCCCAGCUUGUGGUGAAAAACAGGCAGGACAUGCUCCCUGAAAUAGAGAGCCUCUCCAGAUACGUGCCUCAGGCAUGCAUCAUGGACAACAACGUCCACAAUUACGUGCUUGCCAAGCUGUAUGAGGCUGACAUGGACCUCUGGGCUCCUCCCUUCGACUCCCUCCAGACAUAUAUGUUUGAAGGGAACGGCUCGGUGGCAGAGUCACUCAGCUCCCUACAGUCGGUGACCACAGACUCAGACCAGAGCUACGAUUACCUGACGGACUGGGGCCCGCGCUUCAAAAAGCUGGCCGAGAUGUACGGUGCCACGGACAGCAGUGGGGCCCUAUGGUAACAGACAAGGAAUUGCAGAGGGGUUUCCGUGUGAAGUGGCAUCCAAUUAGAUCCAUUCUCAUUAGAUGCUUCCAUGGACAUGGGUGAGGCCUCCUAAAAUAGCAAUACCGUGCUCCAAUGAGAAUGGGAAGAAGAGCGUGAAUGAAGGUCUCUAUGGAUCAGCUUUACUUGGUUAAAUUAAGUCAUAUUUUGAAACAGUGAGAAGCAGAAGGAAGAAAGUUUUUCUGUUUUUCUACAGAAAAAUUGGAAAGCUCCACCCCUGGAAUAUAAUGACAUUACUCUCUCCCUCCCUCUUUCUCUCUCUCAUACAUGGCAGCUUACUGAGCUCUGUAUGUCUGGGUUCAAAGACCAGCAAACACCAAUUGUAAUCUCCAACUCACAGAAGACUGGUUCCUCAUUGGUUAUUUUCCCCCAUUACAAUGGGAGAAAAAAUAAAUAAAAAAGACAUGCUUGCUAACAAGAGAAAAAAAACACAAAGCAGAAAAUUGAAACU